AACGACAGUAUAUAAAUGCAGACGGCGAUCAUCGGUCGAGCAGUGAGAUUUCAGUUGACAAGUGAAUCCACGACAAAUCAAGAAUCCAAAAUGCGCUCUUUGCUCGUCGCGGUUUUGUGCCUUUCCAUGGCCGUCUGCAUACUAGCAAACGAUUUUAUACUCGGCGAACGCCAGGCAGGCGACUACUCCGUCACCAACAAAACCAUCUUUAAGCCUCCAAUCCCAAUUAUACCCAUGAGAGCCAGAAUCGGUAUAAAGUGCUUGCUCAACGAAACCAUCACCUACGUUCAGAUUAGCAGUAUAGAUGGCAAUGACAUUAAGUUUUAUCAGAUCUCAGGCGAUGUCGGCAUGACAUCCUUAAUGGUGAUGGCAAUGGGGAAUCCGGGCGAGGGAUUAUGGUUAAAGGUAGAAGGUUACUGCAUAGAUCCAAACUCAGUUACCACAGAGGCACCGACAACGACAACAACAGCGGUACCGACAACGACAACAGCGGUACCGACAACAACAACAGCGGUACCGACAACAACAUCAGCGGUACCGACAACAACAACAACAUUGAGACCGACAACAACAGCAGUACCAACAACAACGGAAGGAACGACGCAGGAGUGGACAACGACACGGCGAGCUACGACAUGGCAAAGUACAACUACUACACCCGGUGAAAAUGAGCAGUAAAGAAAGAAUGAGCAUUACAUUCACUGGCAACAAUAGCACUGCCGAUAA